UUGGAUUACACGUAUUCCACUCUACUGUUUGCUUCAACAUAAGUAACAAUAGCAUUGAUUGCAUUCAACUGUAUUUACCUCUCGUAGCUGGUUUCCUCUACCACUUACCAUGAACGAAGAUGGAGAAGUCAGGGAUUAUUAUAAAUGAAGGCUCGUCGCAGACUUCAAUUGUAUGAAGUGUGGCAGAGCUUUUGAAGAGUUUGAAAAUCAAGCCUUACCAUGGCAAUCGAUACAGUGGAGUUUCUCAGAGGCAAAAACAUCCUAGUCAUUGGGGCCACCGGUUUUCUAGGCAAAGUUUUUAUGGAGAAAAUUUUGCGAGUCCAACCAGAAGUGGGGUGCAUUUUUGCUCUCAUUAGAGCAAAAAAUAUCCAAUCUGCUAGAACCAGGCUCCAAAACCAGGUGAUAUCCUCAGAGUUGUUUAGACUCAUUAGAGAGCGUUGCACUGAGGACGGUUACGAGAAGCUCAUGGCACAAAAGCUUGUUCCUGUUGUUGGAGAUAUAGCAUUGGAUUUUCUAGGGAUUGAAGAAAGUGUAAGGGAUGAGCUGUGUCCAAAGAUCCAUAUUGUGGUCAACUCUGCCGCCACCACAAGCUUUUAUGAGAGGUACGAUAUUGCCAUGAAAGUCAAUGCUUUAGGAUGCCGAAACCUAAUCAACUUUUGUAAAAGUUGCUGUAGACUUGAAGCUUUGUGUCACAUCUCUACUGCUUAUGUGAAUGUUGAAAGCACUGGGAUAAUUACUGAAGAAGUUCUUAAGAUGGGAGAAAAACUCCCAUACAACAGUAGAGCUAUAGAACCUUCAGAUAUUGAGUCCGAAUGCUAUUUAAUGAGAAAGAGCCUAAAAGAAUUUAGAAUAUUUUCAGAAGAAAAAUGGUCCGAGGAAAAUGAGACAAAGCACAUGAAGGAAUUAGGGUUAAAAAGGGCAAGAGAAUUUGGAUGGCCGAAUGCAUAUGUUUUGACAAAAGCAAUGGGUGAAAUGAUGGUGGAUUACCUAAGAGAGGAUAUACCGACUAUAAUCAUUCGUCCAAGUAUAAUCGAGAGCUCCAUAACCGAACCGUUUGCUGGAUGGAUGGAAGGAAACAGAAUGAUCGACCCCUUGAUAGUUGGAUAUGGAAAGGGACGAAUCACAUCCUUCCUUAUUGAUCCACUACUGAUUCUUGAUGUGAUACCUGUGGACAUGGUGGCAAAUUCCAUGAUAGUAUCAAUCGCCAGGCAUGGUACAGAACCUGGUCUAUUUCUGUAUCAUGCAACUUCUUCUGUUGCCAAUCCAUUACACUACAACGUCGUUGUGGACGCAACGUACAACUACUUCUUAAAAAAUCCCUGCACAGCCAAGAAUGGAAAGGUUGUGAGGGUGAAGGAGCCUUACUUUCUUCAAAGCAUGUCCAGCUUCACAUUAUAUAUGACCCUCUGUUUCAAAAUCCCUCUCCAGCUACUGUGUAUUCUGGAUAAGCUUCUGUUUGGCUUUCUGAGGCCGCACUGCAAUCAUCUGCUGGACAAAUAUAGAUUUGGAAUGAGCCUCGCUCAGAUCUAUGAACCUUUUCUUUUCUUCAAGGGGAAGUUCGACAGCUCAAAAACUGAGCGUUUGUGGGAGGAAAUGUCAGGAGAUGAUCGGAAGAUUUUCAGCCUCGAUGUCAAGAGCAUUAAUUGGGAGGAUUACUUUCUAAAUUCUCAUAUUCCUGGACUGGUCAAAUAUAUUAUUAGGAGGUGAAGCAAAGAAUGUCGUCAUUUUGUUUUCUAAAUGUACUAUCAUGAAGCUAAAAGUUAUGGAAAAGGGGUCUCGUAAUUAAGGAAAAUGUGGAUUAUGUAUCUAACCCUAGUUUAGGAAACAUAAGAAUGAAUAAUGAUUUUGCUCUA